AUGCGUACCGUAGGGCUGUCCGUGAUCAGCAUGCUGCUGACCGGGCUGGUGAUUGGUAAUGCUUACUAUCAGAAGAAGCAGUUUUACCCGUCGGUGGUGUACAUCACGAAAUCCAACCCGAGCAUGGCUGUCAUAUACAUUCAGUCACUAGUGCUUGUGUUGAUGUUGGGCAAGCUGAUGAAAAAAAUCUUCCUGGGCACGUUACGAGCUGCCGAGUUCGAGCAUCUGAUGGAGCGGUUCUGGUACGCGCUGACGGAAACCUGCCUCGCGUUUACCGUCUUUCGGGAUGAUUUCAAUCCAAAGUUUGUGGCACUGUUUACAGUGCUACUCUUUCUGAAAUCCUUUCACUGGUUGGCAGAAGAUCGUGUGGAUUAUAUGGAACGCAGCCCCGUGAUCGGUUGGUUAUUUCACGUCCGAGUGGCCGGACUGCUGCUCUGUUUGGGGUUGUUCGAUUACGAGCUAAUAUCGUACGCGUACCAAUCCACUAUCGCGAAAGGCGUUACGGUGCAGCUUGUCUUCGGGUUCGAGUAUGCCAUCCUAAUGACUAUGGUCAUUAACACGGCUAUUAAAUACAUCUUCCACGCAGCCGAACUGCGUUCAGACACACCGUGGGAAAACAAGGCUGUAUUUUUGCUGUACACCGAAUUGAUCAUUGGCUUCACGCGUGUCGUACUGUACGUGGUGUUUGUUAUUUUGAUGGUUAAAAUAUUCACCCUGCCAAUGUUCGCCUUCCGACCGAUGUACUACACUAUGCGAAACUUCAAGAAGGCUUUGAACGACGUAAUUCUAUCAAGGCGCGCUAUCCGCAACAUGAAUACGCUCUAUCCGGAUGCGACACCCGAGGAGCUACAAAUGUCCGACAACAUCUGCAUCAUUUGUCGCGAGGACAUGGUGAGCAACUCGAAGAAGCUUCCGUGUGGUCAUAUAUUCCACACGGCUUGCCUUCGUUCCUGGUUCCAGCGGCAACAGACAUGCCCAACCUGCCGGUUAAACAUUCUGCGUACACCGAUCACAGCAGCCACAACACCUGCUACUCCACCACCGAACAAUAAUGGUAACGAUACGAAUAAUGGUGCUGGCGUAGCAGCCGGUACCGACACUAGUCGUCCGACGAUGGUGACCGGUAGCGGAAGCGCUGGUGUUACCGGUAGUAGUGCUGUGACUGCAGGAGCUACCUUAGCAAAUGGUCUUACGACGACAGGAACCAGCGCGUUGCCACUAUUUCCUCCAGCACCGUUGAUGUUGCCACCAUUUCCAUUUGUGGGUAUGCCCUCGUACACGAUGCCCUUGCCACCAGUGCCGCCAUCGCUGGACACACUGUCGGACGAGGAGGUUCGUGCAAUGGAAGGCAAUGAAAGGCGCCACAUUGAGGAACGCAUUAAGCAUCUACAGAAUAUACGCACGCUACUCGAUGCAUCCGUCGCACUCAUGAAUCAGUACGCAGCCAUAACGGCCCGUUUGCCACCGGAAGCUGUGGCUCAUUUGCAGCAGCAAACGCCACAACCUAAUCUAGCGAUGGCCAAUUCUACUAAUGCUGCUGCUAGUAGUUCUGUUACUGGUACGAACAUUACUACAUCACCGACAACAGUGACCGCCUCGGUAACGGAGGCAACAACGGCUGUAAGUGAUGGUAGCACCAGUAAUCCAUCAGUGACAGCAAAUGUUGUUGCCGAAAGCAGCAGCAAUAAACCUAGCAGUAGUAAGGUUAGUGAUAGUGAUAGCAGUAGAGUAAGUAACAAUAGCGUCUCGUCCACCGGGAAGGCCGCCGGUAGUACGGGGUUGAGUCAACCGAAGCUAGAAGAUCUCGGACCGCUGAGUAGCGACGAAGAUGAUUCCUCAGUGAAGCUGAAAAAGGAGUCAUUGCCGGUCGAUAGUAAGGUGUUGCUCAUUACACCCGAUCAGAUGCAGGAUGUAGCGGGUCCAUCGAGGGUGACGGAACUAAACGGUGGGGGCGCAUUAAAACGACCCGAAAGUGCCGCGAUGAGCGAGUUGCGCCGUCGACGUUUGGAAAAGUUUGGCACCACAAGUCCACCGGAUACGAUAAACAGUCAGCAAGAACAGCAACAGUAA